AAAUUUACCUCUCGCCACCAGAGCGCGGCGCUGUUCGGGGUCCGGCUUCGGGAGCAACGCGGCUUUCGUUCUCUCCGCAUCAUCAACAACAACACAACAACAACAACGAGGGGAAGGAGAAGCCAAGCGGGCAUGCCCGGACAGUCCAAGGAGAAGAAAGACGAAGCCCACGAAGAAGAAAUGGAUCAAGAGUCGCCCGAGAAUGAGGAGAGUUCGGACGAGGAGAGCGGCAGCUCCACGGGCUCCGAGGAGGAGGAGGACAGCUCGGACAUGAACGAGGAGGACUACGAAAGGCGGAGGACCGAAUGCCUCAGUGAGAUGUCUGAUUUGGAGCGGCAGUUUUCGGACUUGAAGGAACAGCUCUACCGGGAGCGGAUAAGCCAAGUUGAUGCCAAACUUGAGGAAGUGAAGACUGGGAAGGCGUCCGAAUACCUGGAGCCACUUGCUGCUCUGCAGCAGAACAUGCAGAUCCGGACUGAGGUGGCAGGGGUGUACAAGGAAUUUUGUUUGACGGUCGUCAAACACAAGUACGAGUGUGAGCUACAAGGUGCACGUCAACACCUAGAGAGUGAAAAACUUCUGUUGUAUGACACGGUCCAAAAUGAGCUGGAGGAGAAGAUCAGGCGUUUGGAAGAGGACCGCCAGAAUGUUGACAUCACCUCUGAACUCUGGGGUGACGAACUCAGAACGAAAAAGAAGAAGAAAUUUGAUCCAUUUAAUCCAGAGAAAAGAAAAAAACCAGUUACUGUUACUGGUCCAUAUAUCGUCUAUAUGCUUUGGGACAGUGAGAUUCUAGAAGACUGGACGACUAUCAAAAAGAUAACGGGUAAAGCUGCAGUGAGCCAGCCAAGGAGGAAACCUGAUGUGGUGUUCAAGCAGGAUAAGCACCAGUACUCGGCUCGCUUCGAGGAGGGGAGGCUGUUCUACGAGGGUGACUGGUAUGGCCGGGGACACAGUAUCAUCAUCGACACCAAGGACGAUUCUCCAAUGUUUGCUACGAUAACAGCCAUCAACACCCUGGAGGUGUGGAUCAAGCGGUCGGACAACAGCAAGUCAAAGCUGUACAUCUCUCAGCUGCAGAAGGGCAAGUAUACAAUCAGGCACGCGUAGCCGCCCGCCUUACAAGCAGAUUCCAACUCCUCUGCACCACGCUGGAGCAAAACAGAAAAAGGACGUGAAUUUUUAAAAUAUAUAAUCAGCGGUGUUUCCUUGUCUUUUUAAAAAAGGGUUUGUGCAAGCCCAGUUUUUAUUUUAUUUGCGUGGGCUAUGGAACUUCCCAAUGCAGCUGUGCUGUGCAAAGUAAUUAUAAACGGACAACUUUUAAACAGCUAACAAGACAACAUCAACUCGAUAAACAAAAACAGAUUUCCUUGCAGGAUUUGCUGUUAUGCCAUUUUUAGGGAAUGGGAAGCUGCAUGUGGGUCUGUUUUGUUAAUAACUUAUUAAUAAAAGUUAUAAUCUUAAUUUUAAAUGAACAUAGGUGUAGGCUAGCUUGAAUAAAAUUUCGUUUGAAAGUAUACAGCAAGCAUUGUAAUGGUUUUUACACACGUUUUUUUUAAACGUAAAUAUCUUUAUAGCCUUUUUCCAGUUCUGUGUUUUUUGUAGUUGUGUACAGUAUUUUUUUAACAACAAAACCCAUCCUAAACUCAUUCCUAAACCGUUUUGUCAUUUUUUUUGACAAACCGUUGGGAAUAUACAAGCAACUACAAUGCAUUGCAAUGGAUUGUAGCUUUAAACGCGAGGGUGAUAUAGUCCUACCCUUGGCUGACGUGACAUCGUCCAGUCAAGGUGAAAUGAUUGACCAAGCUAAUUGUGGAAUGCAGUGCAUCGCCGAGAUGAUGCUAUUUGCGUAGACGAGGAAUGUGACGGUGUAGAUUCAUCGGUGAAAAUCGAUUCUUGCGCUCAAAAGUACACGUGGUUUGCUGUGCGUGUGAGAAUUGGAUGAUUUUAGAUUAACAUAAAUUAUAUUAAAAUUAUAUUCCAAUAUUGCAUUUAGGCAAACGGAGCAGACAGAAAUGUAAAAAAAAAGUGGAAAAAAGGAAACAUUACAAACGAGACAAAUCAGGAUCUUAAUUUUUUUUUAUCGAAUGACGACCACGAAUCGUGACAAUUCAUCAAAUCGCUGAGAAUAAAAAAAAAAGAAUCCCGGAGAAACAACACCAUCGACGUUUUCGAUACGAUACGAUCGAAUCGCCACCCCGAAACCGCGGCAAUUGAACAGUUGCACGCCCUUCAACGACACAUUGCCUUCUGGGUAAUCCAGACAUGCUUGAUAAGGCGAAACGUUUGGACAGUAAAUGUUAUCGCAUAAAUGAUAUAAAAACGGAAACCAUUUUGGCAGACAUUUACACAAAACAAAAAGGAACCGUAUUUUGAGCCCGAUUCACACGUUGCCUAAAGUACUUUUCAUCCAGUCUGUGACGAAAAUGUGGCUGUCUGAAGCAACACGGCCAAAGCCUGUUAAAUACGAACAUUUAUUUGCUGGAGACAUCAUGAAAAUUCGUACACACCAAUAGUCGUUAUAUCCACCUUUGUGUGUGUUUUGGUUGCCUCAUCAAGGUGUGAACCUGGCUCGGCAUUCAUACAAAUACUGCACGUUUGUUUAAUUCAACAACGUUUUACAGCGUGCUACUGUGUGUGUAAAAUACAAGUGGCAGUUUCAGCCGAGAUGGUGGGGUUUUUUCCCUGUCAAGUUGGCGUUGCGUUUAGCGUAAGUGCGUGGCUGCACUGUUGGAGAGAAGAGCAUGGGAACGUUAUUGCUUGCACUCUUGUGUUGUAUAUUAGACGAUGUACAUAAUGAUUAUGUCUUUGAAGAAUGUUUGGUGUGAAUCAUUUAUUUCUUUUGUUUUUGCAAUGUACAUUGCUUUUUUUUCGCAGUCCUUGGAAAUGGAGUUUGAUACCGGCAUGUUAUUAGGCAGGUAGCAAAAAUACUUCAUGAUCAGCAUUACAUGCAACACUCGCAUUGCCAUUGAGGUGGAUUUUAUUUUUACUUCAAAGUGAAAGCUCGCAUUUGGCCCGUUCGGAAUCUUGAAAUUUGGUGGCAAUAAGAUGCUAUACAAAUCCAAAUUAAAUUGUAUUGUCCUGCAAUUUUUAUUAUUCUUUUACCAAGAAGGGGUCAUGGCUUCAUCCCAUCACCAAAAUUCUCAUCUCGACCCGAUUCCUGGGCUGGAUAUUAUCUCUAGCUAUUAUGUGUCAGACUUAAGUCCAUUGUAAUGUCAUCUAUUUCCUAACUUCACUCUUAAGUAGAACAGCUAGCAAGGCGUAAGUUAUAAAGCCCCGAAUGGCUCAUGUCUGCCCUGUGUUAUAGUUUUACAUUUUAAGAGGAUGUUUCAGCACAGUCAUUAUCGACUGUGCACCCCACUCAAGGGCAGUGGGAGAGAGGGAACAGAUGAUUAAAGAAGAAAUGUCACUGAUCAUGAUUGUGGAAAAGUAAAGCUUACCAGAUUUCUGGGAGGCUCAACCAGAACAUGGGCUGAGUCAACUUCCUCCCUCCUUCAGACCUGCCCACAUAUCAAUAGCGACACUCAUUCACCCACUAGCUGCACUCACAGAGUGAGUUUCCUCACUCCGUGCCCCCCCACUCCUCUGCCAACCCUGCCCUAUACCCAGGCAGUCCUGCCCUAUGUAUCAUGAGUCAAGCUGGGAACCAGAAUACUUGAAACCGGGACAAAAUCUCUGAUUGUCACAAUCGUUUGGAACACUGGGACAACCUUUCUGAAACCAGGACUGUCCCUGCCUAACCAGGUCAUUUGGUAGCUUUUUUGCAAGUAAGAAUGUGAUGAGUGCCAGCGUAGAUACAUUACAUAAGGACGAGAAACCCUGUUUUUCACGGUUCAAUUCCAAUUGUAUGUGGCCUGCGUUCUCCACUCAAUUCCCUGUUUCUUGGUCACGUGCCUUGAUUUGGUUUUCUGAGCCUCGUGAAUUCCCGCAGAGCACUGGAACCUGUGCUCUGAGGGAGGACACAGUAAUGGUUGGUGGAGGGACGUUUUGAAUCGCCUAAUAUUCACACAUUACCAUUUUUAUUAUUAUUAUAUAAGGCUGCAACAACUGGUCUGAAGGGCAGAUUCAUUGAUAAUGCAGCUCAAUAGGCGUAUUACCAUUUACUUUCCGAGUACAGAAUGACUUGACAUGAAGGGAUGUAACUAGUUAUUUUCAUUUAAUAACCUCUCAUACAAAACAUUGAGUCCUGGAACCUGUUGAUUUAAAUUAUUUGAAUAAACCUUUGCAGUGUAUGUUGUACAUGCUAACAGUACCGCUCCGUGCCAAACAUGUAUAAUCGAUUUACAUAAAGAAAUUACAUAAACGCAACAACUUUACAGGACGAUUAUCCACUUUGUGACAUUCGACAUUGUACGAGGUAUACCCAAAAAUAAUGCCUUUAUUUUUUGCAAAGGUAAUACAAAAUGUUUGUUAUUUAAUUGUAUGAAUGUCAUGAACAUUUUGCUUUUUUAACUUUUCUAUUUACUCUUGUACCAAUGUCGAGCCGGAGCCAGCCGAACAUCACUGUUGAAGGAUUUACGAAUAUCUAAACUUUUGUUCUCUUGGUGAUAUGUCGAACCACAUUUGUCACCUGGCAGAUGAAACCCUCUUAUAACACCAUGGUGCAAGACCAAACAUGACCCUGAGAAACCCUCGGUGGCCAUUACAGAGUUCAUUUGGACUGUUGCCCCCAAUCCACCUCACCAGCCAAGACCUGGCACCCUCAGAUGUGUGUGUGUGUAACUCGCUCCUCUGUGUGGACAUCAUUUUGAAAAUGAUACCGCUGUACUGGAUGUUGUCCACAGAUGGUUGAGUCCGCUUGUGCAACGUUGAUGAAUCCUUCAGCUGUGAUACAAUGCUCGCCCUUGUUCAAUAACAGCACAAGAGUAAAGGAUGGAGACUUGAAAAUUAACUAACUGUUCGUGAACUUUACGUGAGUGAAUAUAUGUUCAAAUCAGUUCACGGUAAUAUGUUUAUGGGAAUAGGCAUUGCAUUUUUCGGCCAUCCCUCCGAAUAUUGAUGUUGCUCCUGGAGAGAAAAGCACCGCUCUUGUUUAUGAUAUUGUCACUGUAGUUUGAGCUUCAUGAUUUAUCACUGAUACUUUGUUUUUUUCUUCGUUCAGUGUUUUGAUUCGUUAAUUUGUUGUAAAUUGUAUUUGGUUUGUGGCGUUGCCAAUGGUUUUGGGUACAGCAAGGGCUUCUAGUUACGUGUACAUACGGCCGAGUAGUUGAUUUGGUGUAUUUGUCUUUUUAGAUACUGACAUGGAAGCAUAUUUGAAUCUUUACUAUGAGAAUAAUAAAACUUUGAAACGUA